CCGGAAAUCUUUGGGAGCGGGACUUCUGUGGAGCUGCAUCUUUCUCAGUCAGAUAUCGUCUGAUAGGAUGCGCUGGCACGACCCAGGUCCUCAAAAAUUGUAAUCUUAUGCUUUCUUAUAAGUCAGAGUAGACGGCCAAGAUGAUUCGAACCUUCUGUACAGCCAGAAACGCGUGCGCUGCGGCCAGAAAACACCGGCCGGCUGUCCGGAGAAAAGGACAGACGAAGAUCCAUGUUCCCGGUAUAGCCGCCCAGCCCCCAGCCCAGUCCCAGAUGACCCACGACUGGAUCGGCCCAGCAGACCCCAGCUCCAACCUCAGGCCCAUCAAGUUCAGGGUUCCCUCAGGAGAGACAGCAGCAGAGGAGAGACUCCGACAGCUGAGGGAUGACACACAGGAGUGGAACCAGGCCUUCUGGUCCAACCACAACCAGCAGUUCAACAAGGAGAAGGCAGACUUUAUCAGGAGCUGGUUGGAAAAGGAGGAUUGCAAUUCAGUUCGUGCUGAUGGAAGUAAAAGAAUGCCUCCAGCUGAGGACAUGUCAGAGUUUUACAGGACAUUUCUGACUGAGCAUCAACAUAGCCAACUGCAGUAUCAGCGAGAGUGGUACAAGAGGAAUCUCUACAUCAUCUAUCUGUCAUUUAGAGUGAAGAUGUCCAGGCUGGUGUCAAGGGGGAUGAUGAGAAGAUAAUGAAGUCUUUGUCAGUAGUUUAACACUUAUAAAACAAAGUUUCAGGUUACCAACAUGCAAUGAAUUCAAUAUUAUGCUAUUUGUUUGUACAUGUACAAUAUUUAUGUAAAAACAUUUGAUGUAAUACAAAAAUAGAUUGUCUAUAAAUGAUUGUCAAUAAAUGGUGUAUGAAA